AUGUCUAUCACAACGCUCCCAGUCGAGCUUGUGACUAGAGUCUGCAGUUACCUCGAGCUACCGGGAUGGGCUGCGCUCAGGUUAACUUGCACUUGGCUAUACUUCUCAUCAUCAGACGCCUUCACAGAUCGAUAUUUUACAAGCAUUCGAUUCAUCGCGACAAGUGACAGUCUUCGGGAACUAGAAGCCUUAGCUUUGAGCAAGACUAUUCAAGCAAGUGUUAGAAAGUUAUGGAUGAUACCGACCCUCUUUGAAGGUCGUCACCACAUAGAACCUCCCGCGUUUGAGACGUGUCACUUUGCAAUAUCGUCAAAAUAUGACCGACAGCUGGAGGGGAAAGAGCUAAAUGCUCGAUAUGCCAUAUAUCAAGCAACAGUGGCAGAUCAUUGUGCGAUUCUUGGCUCAAAAGACUUCAGCAUCAGACUUCAGAAAUGCUUCGCUCGCUUUAGCAACCUGGAAUCUAUUGGAUUGCAACAUUAUACAACAUCAUUUCUACUGGACCCACGGCAGAAUGAAGUCCGAUGUCUAGGUUUGCGCCGCCUCAGAGAUCAAAUGGACUUGGAAUUCCACCCUUGGCAUUUAAGUUCUCUGGAAUCCAAACUCAAUGCCAAACCCACCUCUCUGGCCUGGUACAGACUCGUCCAAGCACUCUCGGGUGCUGAUAACCCAUUCAAACCCAAAGAGCUACAUACGUGUAGCACCGAUUUUUGUGGUCGAAUAUCUCUAAAUGUUUCCCUACCCCAGGAGGAAUACGAUGCACUUCUCCUGAACCUAAGCAGCCUCGAGUAUCUACAUAUGUGCGUCUCUGGUGGCAGAUCGAGACCAGAAAGCAGACAAAACGCCAAAGCGAACACUGUUGAUCUCCUGAUCGAAAUUGCCCCUAGGCUGAAAACACUCAUCUUUUCGCAAUGGAGCAAGUCGAAUUACCGGCGCGACAGGGUGCAUCAUCACUUCUUGGAAAUUGCUCAAUGCAUCAAUUUCACGCAGCUCAAAAAACUUCAUCUGUAUUGCAUCGAAAUCGAAUACAAGUCCUUGAAAUUAUUCUUAAACACAGCAAAGGCAACCUUGGAUACCCUCGCGCUUGAAUUGGUGACGAUGAGAAACGAUAGUCAUCCUGUGACAGAUCAAAUGUCUGUCACAACCAUCCAGUCUCCUCUGGAUAAGAUGAGUGCUUCUUGGCAAUUCGUUUGGAACCUUCUUGCAAACGAGCUCUCGCUCAAAACGUUUGAUGUAAAAAACCUUGAUUAUAGGGGCGCGAGAGUCUUUUGGAUAAGACAUGGCGAUGGAAGUCAAAAGAUCGAGACCGUUCGCUUCAAUGCCGAAGUAGCCGACAUCUCGUUCCGCGAAUGGAUGAGUCAAUUGACGGUAGUAGUAACUGGUGAAUAUCGUGAUAAUGUGGCAGUAAGAAAUCAAGGUGAGUCACAAACUUAA